UGUUGCGGAGUUUCUUUCGGCGGAGUGUGUGGUAGCCUGUCAUGGCUGCUCACAGUAACAACUUCAUCCGUGUGCGCCUACACUUUGACUACCCGCCGCCGGCCGUCGUGGACUGCCGCAUGUGCUGGUUGCUCGUGGAUCUGAACACGUGCCGUGUGGUGGCGGACCUGGAGAGCGUCAUCAGGCAGAAGUUUGAGUUCAGCCGCAGGAGCAUCCUCAGCCUGUUCGUGGAGGACUGCUACCUGCCGCACACAGAGAGCGUGUAUGUGGUGCGCGACAACGACUGCCUCAGGGUGAAGGUUGACUGUCUGGCUCAGGGGAACGGGUACAGCAGCUGUCCAGAUACAAAGAGUGAAAACUCCAGAAAGAGACAGAGACCCACAGAGGAUGAUGGACCAGGAGAAAAUGGAGUGAAUUUGGAAUGGAAGAAGAAAAAGAGAAAGAAAAAGAGCGAGGAGAGCCCGGAGAGGAAUAGCAAGCAGGCUUCAGAGGAUGAAAAGAAUAAGAAGUCAGGAGAAAAGAAAAAAAGGAAGAAGGCAGAGGAAAAAGUUCCACCUGUCAGCCCCAAACCUGCAGCUUCUAUCAAAAAACCUCCAGUUAAAGGCACCAAGAAGUCGCAGACCGUCUCUUCUUCAGACUCUAGUAGCAGCAGUGGUGACGAGGAUGAAGCGCCCAAAAAACCAAGUACCCAAAAACCAGCACCCAAAAAACCUGAUGCACAAAAACCAGCACCCAAAAAACCUGAUGCACAAAAAGCAGCACCCAAAAAACCUGAUGCACAAAAAGCAGCACCCAAAACGCCGUCCUCCACCCCUGCUGCUUCCAAGGCACCUCCAACGACCAAACCCAACCAGACAAAAUCUAAAUGUGCUUCAUCAUCAUCUUCAGACAGUGACUCCUCCUCCGAUGAGGUCAGUGCUGUAAAAAACAACAGUUUAACCUCCACAACCCCCAAAGGAAGAACAACAGUACCCAAAAAAUCUGAUGCCCCAAAACCAGCACCCAAAAUUCCAUCGGCCACCCCUGCUGCUUCCAAGGCACCUUCAACGACCAAACCCAAUCAGAAAAAACCUCACCCUGCUUCAUCAUCUUCAGACAGCGACUCCUCCUCUGAUGAGGACAGUGCUGUAAAAACCAAAAGUUUGACCUCCACAACCCCCAAAGGAAGAAUAGGCGAUAACUCCAAACAGCAGCAGGCUCUUCCUGCCCUGCAGCUCACAAAUGGUGCUCAGAAACAGGCUGCGAAAGAUAAACCUUCUAGCUCAGACAGCGAAGAGGAGAUCAAGCUGGUCAUCAGACGGCCGCUGAAGCAGCCAGAAUACGCUCUGGGCAGUGUGUCAUCUUGGAACGGUCGUGGCCGCGGACAACCCAGGCAUGGUGGUCCUGGUGCAGGUAGAGGGAGCAACAGAGACCACAGCAGCAACUUUGAGUUCAGCUACAACAGAGCCAAGGAGCCGUCCUGCCUGACUGAUAGACUGACCAACAUGUCUGUGGUCCUUGAGAACGGAGCAGAAGCUGCUCCCAAACGGGACUACAGCUCUAUGCCCCUGCUGGCCGCUCCUCCACCGCCGGGGCAGAAGAUCGCCUUCAAGUUGCUGGAGCUAACAGAGAAUUAUACACCAGAGGUAUCAGAAUAUAAGGAGGGAAAGAUUGUGAGCUUUGACCCAACCACCAAACAGAUUGAGCUGGAACUACUUCAUGCCUCUCAAGCUCCUAUAGAGCCGGGCAAGUUUGACCUGGUCUAUCAGAACGCAGAUGGCUCAGAGAGUGUGGAGUAUGCAGUAUCCAGAGGAUCUCAGGUGACCGAACGCUGGGACUCCCUGCUGGAACCAAGGCUCAUCCUUUAAACACAGACUUUGGAGAGACGGAUCUAGCUUUCAUCUUUUCAACUUGAUUUCAGGAUCCUUCAGCACCUGAGUUUUAACAGCGGACUCUCCUCUGUACACUGUAUGUUACAGCUGAGGGGUAGGAUUAUAUUAUCUUCUCUGUCAUUUUAAAUGAGUAAAGACUUUACAUAGCUGCUGCAGAUGUUCCAAGUGUUGCAUUUGAAUUGAAAUGAAAUGCUGUUUUUUUUAAAAAGCUGUAAGUGGAAUGAGUGCUGAACAUGUUGGUUUUAUGUUUUGUACAGUUAUGUGACUGUGGAUAUCAGUCUGUAUUAACCGUUUUUCUAAUAAAAUGCCUAGGAUUGA